GAAAAUAUUACUAUCAAAAAUGAUAGUCUAGUUGUUAGCGUAGAUCCUUGUCAGGACAUUGACUGUGGUGGAAAUGGAGAAUGUAUAUAUGAUGAUCAGAAAAUUUUUUGCAAGUGCAAGCCAGGCUACAGAGGUCCUCACUGUGGCGACUCUACGGUUGGAGAAUCAACCAACACCAUAAUUAUAAUAGUAUGCGUGGCUGUCGGUGCUGUAUGUACGAUAGGGAUCAUUGCUGCAUGCUAUUGUGCCAUGCAAAGGAGGAAGAGAGUCAACUCCACUUCUUACAAUGAUGAUAAUGAUAAGGAUAUGUCUGUAUUCGGAUACAACUCAAUGCUUGCUAGGAAACAAAAGUCCAAAUCGUCACCCAACCCUAAUGAGUCGAGG